AUGAAGUGGGCGGGGCCAUCGGAUUUGGGGGCGUGGCUACGGGCCUGGAGGGGGCGCCCGGGAGCGGGAAGGGGGGGACCCCUCCUCAAUUGGCUGGACGGAGUGGGCGGGGACAACGGAUUUGGGGGCGUGGCUACGGGCGGGCUGCCUGGAGGGGAUGUCCGGGAGCAGGGGGGACCCCUCCUCAAUUGGCUGGACGGAGUGGGCGGGGACAACGGAUUCGGGGGCGUGGCUACGGGCGGGCUGCCUGGAGGGGAUGUCCGGGAGCAGGGGGGGACCCCUCCUCAAUUGGCGGGACGAAGUGGGCGGGGCCAACGGAUUCGGGGGCGUGGCUACGGGCCUGGAGGGGGAGCUCGGGAGCGCGGGGGGGACCCCUCCUCACUUGGCGGGGGGGGGGGCCUAAGGGAUGAAGUGGGCGGGGCCAACGGAUUUGGGGGCGUGGCUACGGGCCUGGAGGGGGCUCCCGGGAGCGCGGGGGGGACCCCUCAAUUGGCGGCGGGGCUAAGGGACCAAGUGGGCGGGGCCAACGGGUUUGGGGGCGUGGCUACGGGCCGGGAGGGGGCGCCCGGGAGCGCGGGGGACCCCUCCUCACUUGGCGGGGGGGGGGGCCUAAGGGAUGAAGUGGGCGGGGCCAACCGAUUUAGGGGCGUGGCUACGGGCCUGGAGGGGGGGCCCGGGAGCGGGGGGGACCCCCUCCUCAAUUGGCGGCGGGGCUAA